GCAAAGCUAUUGCCUGCACUACAGAUCAUAGUGGACCAGAGCGUGUACACAAUUUAAUCAGUAUCCAGAGCACACCUGUAGAGUCAGGUACAAGAAUGUGGACUGGGAUGAGGCUUGCACUUGCGACGCUCGUGACGUUGUUGCUAGUUUUGCAUACUGCGAAAACAAAGAAAGUGUCAACUCUAAAUGGCCCACUUCUUGGACAACGACUGUCAGUGUUGGGUAAGUCCCUUGACGUAUUCUAUGGAAUUCCAUAUGCCAAGCCACCUGUAGGCGAUCUCCGCUUCAAGCACCCUCAGCCUUCAGAGUCUUGGGGACCGGAAGUUAGGGAUGCAAGAAAACAGACACCAUCCUGCUUCCAAAUUAAAGAUGCUGAUGGCGCAGUUGAGAAUCACAAACAGAUACCCGACGAUUACAGUGAAGACUGCCUUCAUCUUACAGUGUGGGCGCCAUCAGACAAUGAUGGCAAUCUGGCAGUGAUGAUCUGGAUCUAUGGUGGAGCUUUUAAUAGUGGAUCUACACGAAUGCCACUAUAUGAAGGAAAAUACCUUUCAGCAGAGAGUGACGUCAUCGUUGUUUUAAUGAAUUACAGAUUGGGACCUCUAGGGUUCAGCUACCUUGGGCCAGAUACCAUUCCUGGCAACAUGGGCUUAAUGGAUCAACGACUGGCCUUACAAUGGGUGAAAGACAAUAUUGCCAACUUUGGUGGAGAUCCAACCCGAGUGACCAUAUUUGGAGAAAGUGCUGGUGGUGUCUGCGUGGGUCACCACCUGGUGUCACCUCUGUCACGUGACUUGUUUGACAGAGCCAUCAUGCAGAGUGGGACCCUCAGUUGCCCUUGGGGAUACACCAUACCCAAAACAGCCAAAUUGAAAAUAAAGAAGUUUGCUGAUUAUCUCGAAUGUCCUUCAUCUUCAACUGAUGCAGACAUCUUUGAGUGCAUGAAGACAGCAGAUGCCCAAACUAUGGCAGAUGUCCAGCUUGCUUUGUUAGAUGAAGGACUUGCAUUUGUUCCAGUUGUGGAUGGGUACUUCCUCCCCGAUGACCCCAAAACGCUUCUGUCCAGCGGAUCCAUCAAGCAGACAAGUGUUUUGCAUGGGUUUACAGAAGACGAGACAGCUAUGUUUUUGGCAAUGACGUUGCCGCAAAUGAGAAACGUGUCCACAUUACCGGAAACAUUGAUUUUAAGUCAACCAGAAUAUGAAAGUCUUCUUUCUGCUGACUUGGUUAAUGGUAAAGAAAUUGAAGAGCCUAUUCGCCUGUUUUAUGAAAGUCAGAAAGCGCCUCUAAAAGACACUGACUAUUUGGAUAUCAUGAUUCGCAUGACUUCAGAUAGUGAUUUCAAAUGUCCUCAUCUUGAGUUUGACAGAUUGUACACUCCUGACAACCCUUCCUACGUGUACAGUUUUAAUCACCGACUGUCAGUUAGUUCGUUUCCACAGUGGAUAGGAGCAGCCCACACAUACGAGCUUGACUUUGUGUUUGGUUGGGCCCUUGAAAAGUCUCUGGGAUGUACAGAGGAGGAGAUGGAACUCAGCAGGACCAUGAUGACGUACUGGACCAACUUUGCCAAGUCAGGCGACCCUAACGCUCCUGUCCCCGUCAAGGUGAACUGGCCAGCUUCUGACAACACUGAUCUCUCCUACAUGGCGCUUGACGUGGGCAGCAAAUUAGCAGCAGGACACGGUGUAGUGAACCACGAAUGUGUCUUCAUCAACAGGAUUCGACCUAUGAUUUCUAAAGGUAAUGUUUAUGAUGGAAUGUACAGUCUAAUAGUUUCAGAAGUGACCUUGAUGCUUCUUUUGUUUAACUAAAAAAGGACACAAAACCACAGAAGAUCGACAUGUCGAUCUUUGAAUGUCUGGAACACAUCACACUGGGACAAGUGCAAUACUGAAUACUGCAGCGUAUGCUCAUGUUGACCUCGAUAGAUCCAUAUCAAUAUGUUUCUAGUAAAAAGUCCAUGUUUAUACAUACAUUUUGUAACAAGGAGUUACACUCCCGGUUUAAUUUACUAAUGGUAAAGAUAUGUUUUAGUAAUGAAUAAUAAAUAUUAUUUAAACUUGUGCAUGCGGUAUUUUGUAUGUAUUUAUAAUUUGUAUAUUAAUUGUUUAUAUAACUAUACAGUGAAACUGUGCCUGAGAACAGGGAGCGCAGAUAGCAACUGAUUGCUGUUGUUAAUUUGUUGUCCGAAACUAAAUGACAGGGGGCAGUGGAUGGGGACCGUGUGUCUUGGGGCUAUGUAAACACCAAGAAAGACGGAGAGCACCGAGUUGA